AUGGAGGUCUCACUGGACUCUGCACAGGUAGCUUUUCCCAUCUCUCCCCAGGCUGGUGCUGGCCUGAGGAUGAGGUGGACGUCUUCCUGGGAAUCUCCAACCAGGGCCCGUUCAAAGCAAGCACAGCAGCUAGAUCUUUUGACCCUGACGUGGGCUGAACAAGCCCUGAUUUGCUGUUGUCUGUGUGUCCAUAAGAAUACAGAAAUCGCUGUUUUAAACAACAAAAUAGAAAUUCUGCAGCGGAAAAGUAUGACUGAAAUGAACAUUUUACUAGUGGAGCUCAACGAUAGAUUUGAAUGGCUAGAACAAAGACUCAGUGAAUUUGAAGACACUAAACUGGCCCAAGGUUCCACAGCUGGCACAUGCGGGGCUGUGAUUCCAACCCGGGGUGUCUGGGACUCCAGACAGCCCUUCACUCCCAGGCCUUCUGUGCCCUCCCGCAUCUCCUCACUGGGAUGGCCCCUGGGAGAAGUCUGGCAGAGGCCUGGGAAGUCGUCAAGCACGGAGCAGCUCUGCACGGUGCGGACGACCACAGGUUCCCAGGACCCAGACGACCAGCAGCCGCAGGCGCAGGAGCGCAAGCUCAGGCUCAUCCUGGCCGGCAGGACCGGAGUGGGCAAGAGCGCCACGGGCAACAGCAUCCUGGGCCACAGUCUCUUCCCGUCCAGGCUCGCGGCCACCCCGGUGACCAGAAGCUGCGCCCUGGGGAGCCGAAGCUGGGCCGGGUGGCGCGUGGAGGUCACCGACACCCCCGACCUCUUCACCGCCCAAGGCCGGCACGCGGACCCGGACUGCACCGAGCGGGCCAGCUGCUACCUGCUCUCGGCGCCCGGGCCGCACGCGCUGCUGCUGGUCACGCAGCUGGGCCGCUUCACCGCCCAGGACGAGGAGGCGGCGCGCGGCGUCCGCGAGCUGUUCGGCGCAGGCGUCUUGGCGCGCGCCGUGCUCGUCUUCACGCGCAGGGAGGACCUGGAGGGGGGCUCGCUGCACGACUACGUGCGCGCCACCGACAACCGCGCGCUGCGGGCCCUGGUGGCCGAGUGCGGCGGCCGCGUGUGCGCCCUGGACAACCGGGCGGAGGGCGCCGAGCGCGAUGCGCAGGUGGGCGAGCUGCUGGGGCUGGUGGAGCGGCUGGCUCUGGAGCACGACGGCGCGCCCUUCACCGACGAUGUGUACGGCCUGGCGUGGGCCCGGCGCCACGCGCGUCCCGAGGACACGCUCCGCCUGGUGGCCACGCGGCUGGUGUCCCGCGGUCCGGGGCGGGGGCGGCGCCGGCUGGAGGCCGGCGGUAGGGGUGGCAGCGGGCGCUCCAGCUCCUGGAGGGGGAGCUGUUACCUGUCCUGCUGCUUUUCCCGUGGGGGGGGGCCAGACCCAGAUUGAAGGCGUUGCCCUUCCAAAUGCGGGGAGCCUGCAAGGAGAGGAGGUGGGUACAAGGCGCCGAGAGAGACUUAAAACCAAUUUCAAAGGAAACGUGGAGUUUCAGACUGCGAGUCUUAAUGACGCAGGAAGCCUUGGACACUAUAUCGACUUUACAAAGGCUCAAGUUGACUUUUAGCGUUUAGAUGUCACUUUUGACUAUAAGUACACUAUUCAAAUAAAUGUGGUUAACUUUCAAA